AUGAAGCAACAACCGACGAAGCACAAGCGUACUGCAUUGACCGAAAAACAAGCAACUAACAACAUCUACAGCGUCAAGACCCGUAUCCAGCUCGACCCCGCUACCUACAACCGCGGUCUCAUCGGUGGUUUCCGCCAGGUCGUCAAGAAUGAGGGUGCUGGUGCUCUCCUCACUGGUGUCGGCCCUACCUUUGCCGGUUACUUCCUCCAGGGUGCUCUGAAGUUCGGUGGUUACGAGUUCUUCAAGCAGCAGUGGAUUGACGCUCUCGGCUACGAGACCGCCUCCAAGAACCGAACUGCUGUCUAUCUGGCCUCUUCCGCCACCGCUGAGUUCUUCGCCGAUAUCGCCCUCUGCCCUCUUGAGGCCACUCGUAUCCGUCUCGUCUCUGAGCCCACCUACGCCAGCGGUCUCGUCUCUGGCUUCGGCAAGAUUGUCAAGAACGAGGGUUUCGGUGCUCUCUACGCCGGUUUCGGUCCCAUUCUCUUCAAGCAGAUCCCUUACACCAUGGCCAAGUUCGUCGUCUUCGAGAAGGUCUCUGAGGCUGUCUUCCGCACUUUCCCCAAGAAGGACCUCUCCGACGGUAUGCAGACUGUUGCCAACCUUGGCUCUGGUCUGAUUGCCGGUUUCGCCGCCGCCAUUGUCUCUCAGCCCGCCGACACCAUGCUCUCCAAGAUCAACAAGACCCAGGGUCUCCCCGGUGAGGGCACUGUCUCUCGUCUCGUCAAGAUCGGUAAGGAGCUCGGUAUCCGUGGAUCCUACUCUGGUAUCGGUGCCCGUCUCUUCAUGGUCGGUACUCUCACUGCAGGCCAAUUUGCCAUUUACGGUGAUUUGAAGAAGGCCAUGGGCGCCACCGGUGGUGUUGAGAUCGCUGCUUAAACGACUUGAAUUACAGUUCGGAUAAUUGUGGGGAAAAGUUACUAGGUGCAAAGGAUGAAGGGGUAAAUAGCCACUUCCAAGCUCUUGAUUGCACUUUUCGAGCCAUUUUUGUAAAACACCAUGAUAGAUUAAUGUUCAACUCAAGGCGCAGGGGUGCCAUUCACGA